AUGCCUCCAAGGGAGCAGGCAGCGGGAGAGGGCUGGGAAAAGGGGCUUCCGGGGCUACCGGGUCGCCAUAGCGAGUGUGAUGCAAUGACGCCCAUCGCUGCGUCAAAGGGCGGCUCCGGGGAUGCGGGCACUGCGGCAGAGUACCAGCCGUCCCAGACAACUGCUCCAAGCCAUCGGAAGAGCGUCUUGACGGUGUCGGUGGAGCCUCACCGGCACGAGGGCGUCUUCAUCUACCGCGGGGCGGAGGACGCGCUGGUCACGCUGAACAUGGUACCGGGCCAGUCGGUGUACGGCGAGCGGCGGGUCACGGUGACCGAGGGUGGCGAGAAGCUGGAAUACCGCACGUGGAACCCCUUCCGCUCCAAGCUGGCCGCGGCCAUCCUGGGCGGGGUCGACCAGAUUCAUAUCAAGCCCAAGUCCAAAGUGCUGUACCUGGGUGCCGCCUCGGGGACCACUGUGUCCCACGUCUCCGACAUCAUCGGCCCUGACGGCCUGGUCUACGCGGUCGAGUUCUCCCACCGCGCCGGCCGCGAUCUCGUCAACGUGGCCAAGAAGCGAACCAACAUCAUCCCGGUCCUCGAAGAUGCUCGGCACCCGCUCAAGUACCGCAUGCUUAUCGGCAUGGUGGACGUGAUCUUCGCCGACGUGGCGCAGCCGGACCAGUCCCGCAUCGUGGCUCUGAACGCCCACACCUUCCUGCGCAACGGGGGCCACUUCCUCAUCUCCAUCAAGGCCAAUUGCAUUGACUCCACCGCGUCAGCCGAGGCGGUGUUCGCCUCUGAGGUGAGGAAGCUGCAGCAGGAGAAUUUAAAGCCUCAAGAGCAGCUGACUCUGGAGCCCUACGAAAGGGACCACGCUGUGGUGGUCGGGGUCUAUCGGCCCCUUCCUAAGAGCGGCGGCAAGUAGCCACCCAGCUCGGGUGGUCCCUGAGAUGUGCCCAAGACUGUACUGUGCUCAGUGUUACUGUAUAUUUUCUUCGUGCACUGUUUUUCUAUUAAAUGACAUAAAGAAACAGUA